CGAGGUUGUGCCUGCAUUCUCACCACGCGCUGAUGAGGCUGAAACAGGGCUGGAUCCCCUGCAGUUCAACGCGUCUUAGGAGGACACACAAACUGGAAGCCUUUUGUAGGUCUUCACACACAGACAAAAUUCUGUCUUGGACAGAGAGGGCUGAAUGGCCUGCUGCGGUCAUUCCUGGGCUCCAGGAACAGUCCUAUGAAUGAAAAGGCAUUUGGAGUGCCAGAAGAUUCCUUCGACCCCUUUGGAGUUGCCUUACAGGACAGAGAAAAAAUAGAGACACAACCCUUAGCAAGUGAGGGAACUGGAGAAGGCCCUUCUGCUGUUCAGCCUGGGAGCUGUGGGGAGAUCUGGGCAAGAACUGGGCAGAAGGUCCUGGAGGAGGAAGCCAUCCGUCCAGACGUUCAGCCCCAGAACUUCAGGAGCAUCCAAUACCAGGAGGCUGAGGGUUCCAGAGGACUUUGCAGCCGUCUCCACUACUUUUGUCGUCGGUGGUUGAGAGCAGGAAAGCACACAAAAGCGCAGACGCUGGACCUGGUUGUUAUGGAGCAGUUCCUGGCCUUUCUGCUCCUGCAGAUGGAGUGCUGGGUGCGGGAGUGCGGAGUAGAGACCAGCUCCGAGGCAGUGGCCCUGGCAGAAGGCUUCCUCCUGGGCCAGACAGAGGAGCAGAAGGAGCAGGUCGAGGUGCAGUCCUUCACUGUGGACAUCAGAGAUCCUGACGGACGGAGGAAUCCCUCCAGUCCCCCUCACAAGCUGUCUUUCAGCAGGAUCUCUCAGGAAGAUCCAAGUCAUGACACCUCAGGAGGAAAGACUCAAACAAAGUUGUCUGCCCUUUCUAGUGGAACUGAAAAAGUGGCUGAACCUGCAGCUCAAGAGGGUCUUGUGUCCUUCGAGGAGGUGGCUGUGUAUUUCUCCGAGGAGGAGCAGUCUCAGCUGGAUCCUCACCAAAAAGCGCUGCAUUGGGAAGUCAUGCUGGAAAAUUAUCGCAACGUGGUCUCUCUGGGUAUCAUUGAGAUGUUGAGCAGAGUACAGCAGUGCGCCCAGAAACCCUUUGCCCAGGAUAAAAACACACAACAGCAUGAUAG